AGCAGCGGCUCAUUGUUGAUCAUCAGUCAGUUUGUGUUUGAGUCCAGAUCCGAUCAGAGAGAUCAUGGCAGAAACCGCUCCAGCAGCUGCCGCGACCAAAGCGGCCAAGAAGAAAGCAGCGGCUAAACGCAAGACAACGGGCCCAAGCGUCAGCGAGCUCAUCGUUAAGGCUGUGUCCGCAUCUAAGGAGAGGAGCGGUGUGUCCCUCGCCGCCCUGAAGAAAGCGCUCGCUGCCGGUGGCUACGAUGUGGAGAAGAAGCCCGCAGCGAAGAAACCUGCCGCCGCUAAGAAGCCCAAGACCGCAGCAGCGAAGAAGCCCGCCGCUAAGAAAUCUCAGAAGAAGGCCAAGAAACCCGCUGCUAAAAAGGCAGCAAAGAGCCCCAAGAAAGCAAAGAAACCAGUGACUCCUAAGAAAGCAGCAAAGAGCCUUAAAAAGACCAAGGCAGCCAAACCCAAGACGGCGAAACCCAAAGCCGCGAAGCCUAAGAAGACAGCAGCCAAAAUGAAAUAAACUCAGUCAUUUUUUACAUGUGUUUUAUCAAAACGGCUCGUUUAAGAGCCAUCCAUUAAUUCAAAGU